GGGUAAGAAUGCUCAGACGGUCUCUGGUCCUGGGGAUCAGAUGUGGCCAGCUUGGGGGUCCUCAGGUGUCUGUGCAGGAUGAGCGGAGGGGUGUACGGGGGAGAUGAGGUCGGGGCUCUGGUGUUUGAUAUCGGGUCGUACUCGGUCCGGGCCGGCUAUGCAGGUGAAGAUUGCCCCAAGGCUGACUUCCCGACCACCCUGGGUGUCUUUUCACCGGAUGAGUCUGUCUCGUCUGACCCAGAGAAAGAGCGCAAGCUGAGCCGGGUGUACUACAUAGACACCACCUGUCUACAUGUGCCGCGACCUCACACCGAGGUCACCUCUCCGCUGAAGAACGGAAUGAUUGAAGAUUGGGAGGCCUUCCAAGCCAUUCUGGACCACACAUUCAACAAACACCUGAAGUCCGACCCGGCCCUACACCCCGUCCUCAUGUCAGAGGCACCCUGGAAUGCCAGAGCCAAGAGGGAGAAGCUCACCGAGUUGAUGUUCGAACAUUAUAACAUCCCUGCCUUCUUUUUGUGCAAGACGGCCGUCCUCACCGCAUUUGCAAAUGGCCGUUCCACAGGCCUGGUUCUGGACAGCGGCGCCACCCACACCACCGCCCUUCCGGUCCACGAUGGCUACGUCCUACAGCAGGGUAUCGUCAAGUCGCCCCUGGCCGGGGAUUUUAUUACCAUGCAAUGCCGCGAAUUGUUCCAGGAGAUGGGGGUGGAGAUUAUCCCGCCGUACAUGAUCGCCUCCAAGGAGCCGGUACGGGAAGGGUCACCCCCAAACUGGAGGAAGAAGGACAAACUGCCCGCCGUCACCAAAUCCUGGCAGAACUACAUGAGCAAUGAGGUCAUCCAGGAUUUCCAGGCCUCCGUCCUGCAAGUGUCAGACUCUCCGUACGAUGAACAGGUGGCCGCUCAGAUGCCCACCGUCCAUUAUGAGAUGCCCAAUGGCUACAACACAGACUAUGGCGCUGAGAGACUGCGCAUCCCCGAGGGGCUCUUCGACCCAUCCAAUGUGAAGGGUCUCUCUGGUAACACCAUGCUGGGGGUGGGACACGUAGUGACCAGUAGUAUCGGGAUGUGUGACAUCGACAUAAGACCGGGUCUGUACGGCAGUGUCAUCGUCACCGGAGGCAACACGCUCCUCCAAGGCUUCAACGACAGGCUGAACCGCGAACUGUCACAGAAAACGCCACCGAGCAUGCGCCUCAAGCUUAUCGCCAGCAACAGCUCCAUCGAACGUCGCUUCAGCUCUUGGAUCGGAGGCUCCAUACUCGCCUCUCUGGGCACCUUCCAGCAGAUGUGGAUCUCCAAGCAGGAAUACGAGGAGGGAGGCAAGCAGUGCGUGGAGCGGAAGUGUCCCUGAGCCGCCAAUUCACCAACGCUGCGCUUUAAUGCCUUUCGCCGUGCAACGUCACCGCCUGCAGGAAGUCCAUAUACACCCAUUAUACCGUGUGACCCCCCCCAACGUCAGAUUCCCUCAUCACAUUAGAGCACGUUAUCCAGAAAUGCUGUGUGUUAAAGGAGAACUCCACCAAGUACCAUUAUCAUUUUAUCGAAUACUGCCCGAAUUCCUGGGGGGAAGGCUCGCUGUUUCCGUUCUGGCUGCCAGGAACAUGCGUAGACAUUUCACAUUUUAACUACUGUGUCAAAACUCAGCAGAUUUGAGCCAGGAAAAACAGGGCCAUGAUAGGACCUUUCAUUGUGGGGUGGAAGGGUGGGGGGAUGUAAUGAAAACCCAAAACAUGCCAAAUAAAGAUUCAUGUGACUCAUCAGU